GAUCACUUUUACCUACACCGACGACUAUGGCGAAGUCUGUCUUGCCUGAUCAUCGGUCUCCUUGAAGAGACAGUUUACCUUAUCCGAUCUAUUACAGCUCUUUCUGCUGGUGAUCUCCAGACUUCUUCACAAAAACUCUUUUUUUCAGAACCCAAUGUUAACUGGUGGUUAAAAGGUGGCAUUCGCGAUGGCUUUUACUGCCGCCUACUUGCUUGCCUGCAUUCGAAUUGUGGGUCGGAAUCCGACAGGACAACCUCUUCCAACCCCAGUACCUCCAUAGGGAUCUUUGAAUCAAGUGAACAGAAUAAAGAUAGACGAGCUAGAUGCGAGACUACGCCAGUGCUUGAGCCUGAAAGUAUUGUCAAAGAAUCCGUAAUUUUCUUCAUAAGUUUGGGCGCCUUUCUUGUUGGGCUUGAUAACAGGGCAUAUAUUGGCAGUCUGGUCCGUUUUAAUCAUGCUUCACCUCACAUGCCCACAGAAGCCUCAGUCCAGACUAUAGACUAUACUAAAGCCUUGAAUCGUGUUGUUUGGCAGCACACUUACUCGGUUUGGCCAGUACUCCUCUAUACCGUCCAUCAAGUCAACCUUCUGCUCACUCAGCUGGAGACACUGCUUUCACAGGAAGGGGCAAUGACCUUUGAUCAGCAAGAAUUGGCACAAAUGGCCAGUGUUCCGCGCACUAAUCGGCGCCUAUCACGCAAGCGUCAACUUUUGGAGUUACACUUGCCAGCCAGUUGUGCUCGUCUCCUCCUCGUCAUGGAAUUCACCACAGUUUCUCUUAAGGCUAACCUUGAACUUCCUCAUUGCCUGCUGUUGGCCGAGCGCUGCUGGUUGAUUUGUUUGCGUUGUCUUCAUCUCUUUGGCUCAGCUCAUCACAGUCUUCUAAUGACCGGUCAUCCACUUGCCCCUCAACAAGUUGGCCUUGGGGCUCGUGAGUUUGCUACUGUCUCAGCAAGAGCGGCCUGUGAUUCAGUCUGUCUGGCUCAGAUUAUCCACUCUCGUCUACUAGUAUCACUUCUUCGCUUACUUGGUGCUGCUACAGCUGUCUGUCCACAAGACAUCGGCACUAUAAGGCAUUCAUGCCAGCCGAAAUUUGAUUAA